ACUUUUCGUCAACUGCUCCUGGUCUUCUAUUGACGCGAUACUUUUCAUCCGUUCUCUCCACCUGUCACAUUCAUCGCGCAGCAAACACUUCUAGACUAUCAACUUCAUUAACCCAUUCUUCCUAGGAAUGUUCAUCGCGCGCACUUUUUGCGCCAACAACAUUAUUGUUUAUCGACCUUGAGUGUUAGCCGCCUCCUUUCUUCCACUCACAUCUGCCAUUCCUUCUGGUUCGAUCUGGAAGUCAUAGAAAAUCUUCAGCUCACUUCCUGCUUCCCCCCAUCUUUGCACCUUUGGACAAAAUCUGCCAAUAUCGUCCACAUUAUCAGCAUUAACACCAGAAAUGUCAACAUCAAUUUCGCAAUCCAACUUGCCGCCCACAACAGCAUUGACCAUCAUGCCACCGCGCAAAGUGCCCCCUCACAGGAGAUACGCGAAGAAAUUCUUGACUCUUCCCAAUGAACUUCUCAUUAAGCUCUCUGAUUGUGUUGCGUCUGAGGAUUUGCCCAAUUUUCGACUCACUUGCAAGAAACUCGAGAACAUCUCUGGCAAGCAUUCCGGCGAUAAGAGGCUUGCUCAUUGCCGCUUCAUCUUUACGCAAUACAGUAUGGAGGGUUUGGUUGAGAUGACUGCUCAUCCAGUAUUCGGACCCUGUGUCAAGAGCGUCUUGUUCGGUACCCACCGACUUAGUAACGCCCUGGAUGAUCUGUUGGACGCCAUAAAGUCAAAUCCCGGUAUCUCUGACGAUGGUAAAGCGAUGGACACCAUUCAUCAGUAUCGCGAGCGCAGAGACAGACAGGACCUUUUUCGCCGAUGCGAUCUGUCUCGUAUGGUCAUCCAAGCUCUCACACAUCUACGAUCAUGGGGAAACAGCGUCGCGCUAGGCAUCCUCGACGACGUAUAUCAAAUCUGCAGAGGAAAGAGCCUGUUACGUGGAUAUGGUUUCGCCGAGGAGUACGACAUCCUGCCGUUCGUGGAGCUUGCUGAAGCGCGGAUGUUGACCGUGAACCUGAUACGAGGGUUCUCAAGGGACGCCAACAUCCACGCGAGCAUCUUGGUGCUUGAUCUUAGCGGUCAGGAAGUCCAUAAAGGCAUAAGCUCGCUUUGAGGGAACUGCUUGUAAGUGAGAACAGAAGACUCGGACGAGUCGACGUUUGCGUCAGAGAGGGGAGAAUAGACAUUUGCGUCUUCACAAGCCAAACCGCGUUGAGUUCAGCCAGAGAGCGGUCACGAACCAGUCG